AUGCCGAGGCCCACCUUGUCAGUCACUUCCUUCUGUCACCGGCUGGGCAAACGGGAGAGAAAACAGAGCUUCAUGGGAAACAGCAGCAACAGUUGGGCCCACGCGACAUUCCCCAAGUUGGAGCUGGGCCUGGGGCCCCGGCCGGCUGCGCCCCGGGACCUCCCCGCCUGCUCCAUCUGCCUGGAGCGGCUGCGGGAGCCCAUCUCGCUGGACUGUGGCCACGACUUCUGCCCCCGGUGCUUCAGCACACACCGCAUCCCAGGCUGCGAGCCACCCUGCUGCCCUGAGUGCCGGAAGAUCUGCAGGCAGAAGAGGGGCCUCCGCAGCCUGGGGGAGAAGAUGCGGCUCCUGCGGCAGCGGGCGCUGCCUCCCGUCCUGCAGGAGACCUGUGCAGUGCGGGCAGAACCGCUGCUCCUGGUGCGCGUCAACGCCUCCGGAGGCCUCAUCCUCAGGAUGGGCGCCAUCAACCGCUGCUUGAAGCACCCCCUGGCCAGGGACACCCCCGUCUGCCUCCUCGCUGUCCUGGGGCAGCAGCACUCAGGGAAGUCCUCGCUCCUCAACCACUUGCUCCAGGGCCUGCCCGGCCUGGAGUCCAGAGAGGGCGGCUGGCUACGAGGGGCCGAGGGGUCCCUGCCGGGCUUCGGCUGUGGCGGCAAUGGCCUCACCAGGGGCAUUUGGAUGUGGAGCCACCCCUUUCUGCUGGGGAAGGAGGGCAAGAAGGUGGCUGUGUUCCUGGUGGACACUGGGGACGCCAUGAGCCCUGAGCUGAGCAGAGAGACGAGGAUCAAGCUCUGCGCACUCACCAUGAUGCUGAGCUCCUACCAGAUCCUCAACACCUCCCAGGAGCUGAAAGACACAGACCUGGACCACCUGGAGAUGUUCGUCCACGUGGCGGAGGUGAUGGGCAAGCAUUAUGGGAUGGUGCCAAUCCAGCACCUGGACCUCCUGGUGCGCGACUCCUCCCACCCCAGCAAGGCGGGGCAGGGGCACGUGGGCGAGGUCCUCCAGAAACUGUCCGGCAGAUAUCCCAAGGUCCAGGAGUUGCUGCAAGGACGGCGAGCCCGCUGCUACCUGCUGCCUGCUGCGGGGAGACAGUGGGUGGACAAAGACCACGGCGGCGCCGGAGGCGGAGCCGAGGAUGACUGCGGCCGCCUGCUGGGGGCCUACGUGCUGGACGUGCUGAGCGCAGCCCCCCAGCACGCCAAGAGCCGCUGCCCAGGGUACUGGAGCGAGGGGCGCGCCGUGGCCCGAGGAGACCGACGCCUGCUCACGGGACAGCAGCUGGCCCAGGAGAUCAAGAACCUAUCUGGCUGGAUGGGGAGGACGGGGCCUGGUUUCAGCUCCCCGGACGAGAUGGCGGCGCAGCUGCACGACCUGAGGAAAGUGGAGGUUGCCAAGAAGGAGUUUGAGGAGUACGUGAGGCAGCAGGACUUAGCCACCAAGCGCAUCUUCUCGGCGCUCCGCGUGCUGCCCGACACCAUGCGGAACCUCCUCUCCACCCAAAAGGACGCGGUCCUGGCGCGGCACGGCGUGGCCCUGCUGUGCAAGGGCAGGGAGCAGACCCUGGAGGCCCUGGAGGCCGAGCUGCAGGCCAUGGCCAAGGCCUUCAUGGACUCCUACACCAUGCGCUUCUGUGGCCACCUGGCAGCCGUGGGGGGCGCCGUGGGGGCGGGGCUCAUGGGUCUGGCGGGGGGCGUGGUGGGGGCGGGCAUGGCAGCAGCGGCGCUGGCGGCCGAGGCUGGGAUGGUGGCGGCCGGGGCUGCCGUGGGGGCCACGGGGGCGGCCGUGGUCGGGGGCGGCGUGGGUGCUGGGCUGGCUGCCACCGUGGGCUGCAUGGAGAAGGAAGAGGACGAGCGGGUACAGGAAGGAGACCGGGAGCCCCUCCUGCAGGAAGAGUAG